CACCGAACAAGAAGAACAAACAUUAACGAAGAAGAAACAACACAUUAAGGAUUUGAAGCGCCGCGCUGGUCCAGAUCUCGCGAGAGUACCGCGGCUCGGUACUUGGUCGCAGCGGCGCUCCUCCACCAUUUCGCUGCGUAAAGUCUCCUCCCCGCGACCGCUACCUUCUGCCGCCGAGAGCCCAGUCUCUCCCGGUCCGCACUUUGAGCUUCUUCCCGCAGACCCGGCGGUACCUCGUUGGGUACCGGGAGACAGUUCGGGUCGCUGGCAUCGCGGAUUGAGUGCGAUCUCACGCGGAUGACGACUCCUUCAGCGAGAAUUUAGUAAAAGAAAAUCGCUCGGAAAUUUCAGAAUAUGUGGCGGGGACCCUAAUUUCAGCAUCCUGGAAGUAGAAAGCACAGAAGAUCUGUGUCUCACACCACAGACAGGUGCAGUGUGUAGCCGGGGCACCACAGAGGAAGGAAGCCCUGAGGAGGAGGCGGCGCGGCAGCGUGCCUCUCCGGCUGUGGAUUUGCCCGGUGGCAACCCCCAGGCUGCACAGGAUGUGGCCGGGGAGUCACCUCGGCAUGCACAGCAGCCGGUCGCAGCUGCCCCCCGCCCAGACCCUCCACUCACCAUUCCAUCCACCGUGCCAUUGCAGGAGAGCAAGGACUCAGCAUUCCUUGGCAUGGAGAACGCCCCGCCAACAUCGUUGCCUGAGUCUCUCCCCAUCAGCUGCGACUCUAAGGACAGUGUCUCAGAUGAAGUUGCAGAAGUUGUCGCAGGUGCGAGAUCCUUGCCAACAUCCCUUACUGAUGACCGUAGCUCCUCGGAUGAGAUGCAAAGGCUUCCAGCUCCCCUUUGUCCGCCUCUUGCCGCAGAUACAAAGUUCGACAGCACAGCGCAAGAGCUGCAAUGUGGGUCACAAAUUGAUAAAGAGAAAAGCCAAUCAAAUUGUGACACGGACCAGAUUCAACCACUUGAAGAAGGUGCAGGACUUCUGGCUAUUUCAGAGAAGCAGUCCAACAGAUUGGAAUAUAAACCAGAGACUGGAACAAAUGUGGAAACUGUUGGAAAUGAGCAGAAAGGUGGGGAUAUUCUCCCACAAACCCCAUCUCAAAUCUGUUCCACAGCCUCAACUUCCUCUGUCCCACAAUCGGAUGCUGACAGCACAGAACAUGGGGCUGUGGAGCAGUCGAACAGGGACUCACUCCUCCACGCAAUUCAAGACAGCCAUAUCUCCCCGUCAGGUGCUGCGUGGCAAGCUGAUGGUCACCAGGACUCAAAAUCUCUGCUCCCAUCUUCUGACAGCAGUGAGAUUAAACAAACUGACACAUCAAAAACACAACCUAAAAUCAUCAAGACGAUCUCGGAUGAUCCUAGAGAAAAUUCUUUUGAAUCAGUUGAGACAUUUGAUCGUGUUACAGCGCUUCUUAAAACUUCUAACAGCGAAACGCAACCUCCAUCAGCUGAAAUACUUGAGACCCCAGAGGCAAGAGAAAAGCUUCAUGGAUUACACACUUCUGGAGACGCAAGCUUAUUGUCCAGUAACACAGCUGGGAGAGAAGACGGCAACAUCCAGAGGAGCUGUGACUCUCUUGGGGGAGAGCGGGUUGAGAGUAGCACAAGGGAAGAUCCCUCGGACGCGGCCGUCUCCUCGUCUGACUUCACAAUGCUGCCAGAGAGUUCUUCCACCCAGGAUAGUUCCUCAAAACCCUCCGCUGCCCCUCCCCUGUUUGAUAGCGGCAUAGUAAUCUCCCUGCAGGCGGGGCAGGUUGUUAAAGCGGAAACCUCUCCCCCCUGUGAUCAGCUCCCACCAACACAGACACCUCUGGUUGCUGAGCUGGGAGAUGCUCAAGAAAUCGUGGUUGUCCAAGAGGAGGCUCAUAUCAACGAGGACUGGUCUAACGUGCACCUGAAACAGAGUUACAUCGUACAACGAGAGGAUGGCAGUGUCUGUGAAGCUGCCCUUGUUAACGAGCUGAGCUCUGAAUCAAAGCUGUAUGAAGAACGGGUUGAGGCAGACAUGGAGUUAGACUCGCAGCCGGUGGAGGUGUAUGAGUUUUGUGGCCUGGUGGAGGAGGUUGCAGAGGAAACGGUCUGUGCCAGUGGCAGCGUACAGAUGUCUCACUCUCCAGGAUACGAGGUGAACCUUUUCAACGCGCUACUGGAAAACUCUGAGGAGUUUAAUGUCAAACAGGACUUGGAGAUGCACCUCGCACCAUCUAUUCACACAAUCAAUGACAGUGACACUAUAAUCAUUUCCCAGCAGCCCUUGCCUUCAUCACAUGAUGCAAAUCAACUGCAGGAUCCCUCAAACAGACAUUCCCAUAAUUUGUCCUUACAAAGCAUGAGGGUAGCUGUCAGACAGCAUUUGGUAUUAGACGCUAACCAAGCUGUUCAAGUGACAAACUCCAGUGAGGUUUGUUUAGUUGAAGUAGCUGCUGUUACAUCUGACUCAUUCACUGUAGAACACGCAGGCACAAGUGCACAAAUUGUGACGACUUGUCCGCAGGUCAGUGCAACAGUUUCAGACCGAACAGAGGUGAGUGAUUCUCCUGAAAUUCAAACAGCUCCCCAAAAACAGGAAGCUGAGGCAACAGUUGGCUCUUUAUCUCUCAUAUCCCCAGUGGUCACCGGUGAGGAUGUGGAGAUGCAAUCUGUUGCUGUUUCAGUGCACGUUUCUCAUGUAGAGAAUCAGCCCUCUCUAAUACAGACCCCAGGAGUCACUGUUGUAACUGCCACAAAGCUUGAGGCCUGUGUUUCUUCACAUGAAGGGACAGCAGAAGCCUCUUCUUUGACAGAAGCUGCAUCACAGAGUAUUCACAAUGUUGCUGUGCCCACAGAAACCAAACCAGAGGCUUUCCACACCUCUCACUCCUCUAUUACUAUCGAUCCAAAGCUGCUCCUGCUCAAACCAGGAGAAACAUCUUUCCUGAAAUAUCCAUCCUCCCUUUUGUCACAGGUGUCCAAGCAACACAAUGUGUCCGGCAAGUUGGCCAGUACCCACGGUGCUCUGUCUGGCACGGUGUCUGAGGAGUGCCUUGCCCAAACUGACUCAGCAGCAGAUUCUUUCUCUGCGUCAGUGGCUCUUAGCAGCCAGAACGACCAGGCGACGUGUUCUGUCAAUAAAACCUCUGUGACAGCAGCUCUGCCUGUCCAGGUGCAGCCGUCUGCGAGCAGUAACAUCACAUUUCAACAUGAGCAGACCCCCACAAACAAAUCUGACAACGAGGCCUUAACUGUAACUGAAACGUCACCGAGUGAAGCUGUGACCCAAGAUAUUGUCACACCCACCGACACCACCCCACCUAGAACCCCCCACACCCUUCACAUGCUCGAAGGGUCCGAGGAAAGGGAAGGUGUGCCGUCCAGCAGCCCUAAUGACCCCAUCAGCCAACCUGACUCCAUGGAUGUGGAGGACGAGAGCGAGGACAUGGACCAGGACGACCAAACGGGAGAAGCUGAGGCUCACGAGGGAACUUCAGGACAGGUCAGCAGCCCGGAGGAAGGCAGUGACGAAGAACCCGACGCUGACAAAACAGAAAGUGAAAUGACUACUUCCAGCUCAUCGCACAAGCAUGGACAGAGCAGGACAGAGAGACAGGCACUGUUCCUUAAGGUACAGCAAUGGAUCGCAGAGAGGGUUGCCGCCAAUUCAUCUCCUGUGUCCCCGUCCACCUCCUCCUCCCACCCCAGCGCCUCUCCCACUUCUGAUUGGGCCCUUGCCCGACGAGACAAGUCCUCACCUCUCCGGGGUCCUAGUGGCAAGUUUGUCUCUCCUUCAACCGUCGGUGGCUACAGUUCAUCCUCUGUCUCUCCUGAUCCGACCACUCCUCAGCGACCCCGUGGGGAGCGUCACACAGACAUGGCCGAGCUGGCUAAACAUGAAGCAGACAUUGAACAUCGAACCCAGGCAUUCAAGCGAGAGGGCUUCUGGUCAAUGAAGCGUCUCACCCGCCUGACAGAGCCGAUACGACCCAAAGUUCACUGGGACUACCUGUGUGAGGAGAUGCAGUGGCUCUCUGCUGACUUUGCCCAAGAGAGGCGAUGGAAGAGAGGGGUGGCUCGAAAGGUGGUUCGGAUGGUGAUGCGACACCAUGAGGAGCUGAGGCAAAAAGAAGAGAAGGCCAAGAGGGACGAGCACGCUAAAAUUAGAAGAGUUGCAUCUUCCAUCGCAAAGGAAGUGCGGGCUUUUUGGAGCAGUGUGGAGAAGGUGGUGCAGUACAAGCAGCAGUCCAGAUUGGAGGAGAAGAGGAAGAAGGCUCUGGACCUCCAGCUGGACUUCAUUGUUGGCCAGACAGAGAAAUACUCAGACCUCCUCAGCAAGUCGCUCGCUCCCACCAGGCCGGCGGAAACUGUCGUUGUGACACCCCCAAAACCUCAACUGCCUCCUGCUGAUGAGGAUGAUAGGGACUUUGAGCCUCCAUGUGAGGAAGAGGAUGACGAGGAGACAUUAGACGUGGAGGAGCAGCAGGAGGGCAAUGAUGCUGAGACCCAUAGGAGGGAGAUUGAGCUGCUGAAGGAGGAGGGCCUGCUGCCCUUGGACCAAUUACUCAGCACCCUCAAACUGCCACAGGAGACGGUCUCAGAAGAAGACUGCUCUGAUGAAACCUCUUCAUCAGUGGAGGAGGAAGAUGGGGAAUUCACUGCCAAUGACGAGGAUGCUGAGGAUGAGGAGGACACCAUAGCAGCCCAGGAGAAGGUAGAAGGAGACUUAAAUCAUGCCGAGGAGCUGGAUGAUCUAGCUAAAGAAGGCGACCUGAGUGUGGAGGAGCUGCUGGAGAAGUACAAAGGAGCUUAUGCCUCCGACUUCGAGGCACCUUCUGCUGCUGGCUCUAAAGCGAGCUCCGAUUCUGAGGUGUCUGGGGAUGAGGAAGAGGAGUCUGAAGAAGAUGAGAGUGAUGUUGAAAGCAACUCUUCCUCCUCAGAUUCACAAGGAGACAGUGCCGAGAAUGACGAGAGUGAGAAGGACGGAGAGGAGAAUGAGGAAGAGGAGGAGGAGGAGGAAGGCGAUGACGAUGGAGAUGAAGGGAUGGAGGUCCUGCUAAAGGAGGGAGAUAACACCCCACCUGCCGCUGCCUCGCGACCAAAGAAAGAAAUCAGUCAUAUCGCUGCGACUGCAGAGAGUCUGCAGCCUAAAGGAUACACUUUGGCCACAACGAAGGUCAAGACUCCCAUCCCGUUCCUGCUUCACGGCACGUUACGAGAAUACCAGCACAUUGGACUCGACUGGUUGGUCACCAUGUACGAGAAGAAGCUUAAUGGUAUUUUGGCUGAUGAGAUGGGUUUGGGUAAAACCAUCCAGACGAUCGCGCUGCUCGCUCACCUCGCCUGUGAAAAAGGUAACUGGGGGCCUCACCUUAUCAUCGUCCCCACCAGUGUGAUGCUGAACUGGGAGAUGGAGCUGAAGCGCUGGUGUCCCGGGUUUAAAAUCCUCACAUACUUUGGCAGCCAAAAAGAGAGAAAGCUAAAGAGACAGGGCUGGACGAAACCUAAUGCUUUCCACGUGUGCAUCACGUCAUACAAGCUGGUGCUCCAGGAUCACCAGGCCUUUCGACGCAAGUCCUGGCGCUACCUGAUCUUAGACGAGGCUCAAAACAUCAAGAACUUCAAGUCUCAGCGCUGGCAGAGUCUGCUGAACUUCAACAGCCACCGGCGACUGCUGCUGACAGGGACUCCUCUGCAGAACAGCCUGAUGGAGCUGUGGUCCCUCAUGCACUUCCUUAUGCCCCACGUCUUCCAGUCCCACCGCGAGUUCAAAGAGUGGUUCUCCAACCCGCUGACGGGAAUGAUCGAGGGCAGUCAGGAGUACAACGAGGGCCUGGUCAAGAGGCUCCACAAGGUGCUGAGGCCUUUCCUGCUCAGGAGGAUCAAGAUCGAUGUCGAGAAGCAGAUGCCAAAGAAAUAUGAACAUGUGGUUCGCUGUCGCCUCUCCAAGAGACAACGGUUCCUCUACGACGACUUCAUGGCACAGUCCUCGACCCGGGAGACGCUGGCUAGUGGUCACUUCAUGUCCGUGAUUAACAUCCUCAUGCAGCUUCGCAAAGUGUGCAACCACCCCAACCUGUUUGACCCCCGACCCAUCCAGUCCCCCUUCAUCACGAAGCCCAUCGUGUUCCACACAGCGUCGCUGGUGCAGGAGGCCCUGGACGUGUCUCCUCUAAAGCGCUGCGACCUGUCUGCGUUUGACCUUGUUGGUUUGGAAAGCCGUGUGUCCCGGUACCAGGCAGAUGUGUUCCUGCCGCGCCACAAGGUCAGCCGCCAACUUAUCCAGGAGGUUCUGGAGUCUCCUGAACCCCCUCCCAGACCCAAACCAGUUCGCAUGAAGGUCAACAGGAUGUUCCAGCCGCCUCCUAAAGGUGAUAAUAGAUCGUUGGUGCUGAUGAACAAACCGACCUGCUCCGUGCCUCCUGCAGCUCAAACCCUCAAACCUCCUCCAGUGACCGAACUCUCCUCAACUCCUGCUCAUGCUCCUGUCGUUCAACAAGUGGUGUGUUCUGUGGCCUCCGCCCCUCCUCCCCGCCCAUCCAUGCAUCCUGUGGCUCAAACUGCAGUGAGGUCCAGCACGCCCAAGCCAGUGCUGACCGUACGGCCUCCCACUGUUCCCUGCACUGCCAGCAUUUCUUCUCAUCAGAGUCCAAACCCCAGCACCAUCAUGUCUCAGAGGGUCCUGCUCAGUCCAGAUAUGCAAGCCAGGUUACCUUCUGGUGAGGUAGUGAGUAUAGCCCAGCUUGCCUCCUUGGCAGGUCGACCUGUGUCGUCGUGUCAGGGCAGUAAACCCGUCACCUUCCAGCUCCAGGGCAACAAGCUGACUCUGUCCGGAGCUCAGAUCCACCAGGUCCCAUCAGCUUCUCCACGUGCUGUUCAAGGAAAUGUGGUGCACCUGGUGUCCAGCGGGGUGCAGCACCACCUCAUCACCCAGCCGGCUCAGGUACAGCUACAGAGCGCUGCCAACGCCCACCCUGCAAACACGCCCUCUACUGCUCCUCCUGCAAACCGCCUGCCUCAUAAUGCCUCCGCAGUGCCCUCGUCCAUCGUGAGCAGCACCGGCGUCGUGAAGAUCGUUGUGCGUCAGUCAGCAGGCAAGGAGGGCGGGCCGGUGCCCACCCUGGCAGUGGCCCCUUCCCCUCGUGUUGUCCCCCAGGCUUCCCCUUCCCUGCACGUCCACGUCAACACACCCACUGUCAGAAACACUGCUCCGCUGCAAAUUGCCCAGCGCACCCCUGGUCCUGCUACUGCCCACUACACCAUAGCUCCUCCCAGAAUCCCCAGCUCCACCCUGAACCAGCCCCAACUCCCCCGCCCUGUCCUCAAAGUAGUGCAGCCUCCUCCACCAAGCACAGAGAAGCCAGCUCCAGUGACGCCCUCGUCCUCUGCACCCAAGUCUUCAGCCACGCCAUGUGACACCGGCAGCGGCAGCAGCAGUCAAACACCUGCCACCACCAAGUCGAGGCAGAGUGCUAAAGUCUACCCCCCACCCCGGAAAGUGCCUCGCCCGCCUCCUCGCUCUCCUUUCCACAUGUCAUGGCUGGCUGAGAGCCACAAGCAGCAGCACAACAGCCGGCUGGACUUCAUCAUUCGAGCCAACGAGCAGCACUGCAGAGCGAAGCCCAUGUACGGCCGGGAGGUUCUGAACUUUCUGACUUUCUUACCCGGUCCCCGUCCCUCCCCAGCCCCUCUGAGCUCUCAGGGGGAAUGGGGCCGGUCGGGUCACAGCAGCUGUCUGUUUGCACAGCGGCAGAACAAACACGACUACUUGUGUCAGAGUCACGCCGUGAGAGCGGCCAUCCAGGGCACUGAGGACCGGCUGGAGCUGCUUAGUGAAAUGAUAGACAGGUUUACAUUCUCGAUUCCCCCUGUAGAGGCUCCUCCCAUCUCCAUGCACUCCUGCCACCCUCCUCCCUCUCUGAGCCACAAGCAGGUGGUCUUCUCCUCCUUGCUGUCGUCCCAAGUCGCUCCGCUCACUCGCAGCCUGCAUCGUAUCCAGUGUUACAUGAGGACGCAGUUCCCAGAUCUGAGGCUCAUACAGUAUGAUUGUGGUAAACUUCAGAUUCUGCACACUUUGCUGCGGAAGCUGAAAACAGGAGGCCACAGGGUUCUGAUCUUCACCCAGAUGACGCGGAUGUUAGAUAUACUGGAGCAGUUCCUCAACUACCAUGGACACAUCUACCUCCGCCUGGAUGGCAGCACCCGUGUGGAGAUGAGACAGUCCCUCAUGGAGCGCUUCAACGCAGACCGUCGCAUCUUCUGCUUCAUCUUGUCAACUCGCAGCGGAGGUGUCGGGGUGAACCUGACCGGCGCCGACACUGUGGUCUUCUACGACAGUGACUGGAACCCCACCAUGGACGCCCAGGCACAGGACCGCUGCCAUCGUAUUGGUCAGACACGAGACGUCCACAUCUACAGGCUGAUCAGUGAGCGCACAGUGGAGGAGAACAUCUUAAAGAAAGCCAACCAGAAGAGGAUGCUGGGAGAUAUGGCUAUUGAAGGAGGAAACUUCACCACUGCCUUCUUCAAACAGCAAACCAUCCGAGAUCUGUUUGAUAUGAACGAGGGGGAGAAACGAGAGGCGGCGGUGGAGCUCGCCGUGCCCCCACCUGAGGAAGAAGAAGGCACCAACAAGCAGAGCACCACCAUCCUGGAACAGGCCUUGUGUCGCGCAGAGGACGAGGAGGACAUCGUAGCAGCUUCCCAGGCCAAAGCAGAACAGGUGGCAGAACUGGCCGAGUUCAACGAGAACAUACCUCUGGAUGACGGAGUCGAACAGGAGGAGGUGGAGGAGCUCUCCAAGGCCGAGCAGGAAAUAGCUGCUCUGGUGGAACAGCUCACCCCCAUUGAACGCUACGCCAUGAACUUCCUGGAAGCCUCGUUGGAAGAUGUUUGUAAAGAGGAGUUGAAGCAGGCUGAGGAACAAGUCGAGGCUGCCAGGAAGGGCCUGGACCAGGCCAAGGAGGAAGGCCUCAAGCUUCACGCUUCAUCUGAUGACGACGACGAUGAGUUUUUAUCACCGCCAGCGUCUGUGGAGCCCGCUCAGCCAGCCCCAGCCCGCCGAGGGCGUAAACCCAAGGACAAGGACAAGAUUGUUACAUCUACAAGGACCAGUGGUCGACUUCGUGGGGCCUCGCCUGAAACUGAGCCUGAGCCUACGACCCCCAAAGAAGUGCCUGAAAGACCCCGCCUUGGUCAGAGGACUUCUGGACGGGGAGCUGCCAAAGACACUGGUUCUGUGUCUACCACCCCGUCCCGCACAGAUCAGAAAUCCUCCUCAUCAACUAAACUCCACGACUCCGCCAAAUCUUCGAAAGCUUCAUCACCUGCCAGAGAUAACCAGACCACCAAAACCAGGACUCUACCAAACCGCUCCCAUCCCAGUCCAGUGCCUUCGCCUCCUACAAGCUCCCCCCCUGGAGGGAAACAACAGUGUGCCGUAGAGACUGACGGUAAAAGCUCCAAAGCAGGCAGAGAGGAGAAGGAGGGGGAGGAUGAGAGGACAGUGUCUGAAUCAUCACUAGAACCCAGCUGUCACGUGGACCAUCAGACAAAAGAUGAUGAUGGCAAAGAUCACAACGCCAUGUCUCCCCCCUCCACAAGCUCCAGAUCGCCUCGUAAGCGUCAGUCAGCAGACGGUGAAGUCCUGCGGGGACUUGUUGAAGACUCUCCAUCGGCCAAAGUCCUGCGAAAGCUUCCAGGGAGGCUUGUCACGGUGGUGGAGGACAAGGAGCCGAGAAGGAGGAGGCGGCGUGGAAGUGGCACUGGAGGUGGAGGUUCUUCAGAGGAGGCACCGGUGGAGGAAGCCACUGGUGGUCCUGUUGAUGAAUCAAACAAAGACAAUACAUCACCGAGCCCUGACGGCAAAACUAAAGUGGCUGUUCCACAGGAACAAGACCCUGUCCCAAUUCCACCUGUGCCCCAACAGCCGGUCAGAAUUUAUCCUCCUUACUCCCCACCCCAUCAUUCUCCUGACAUGCCGGUGCUGAGAAAUCUUCCUGUGCGGCGCAGGUUGGAAACUGAAUCUCGCAUGGCUGCUCAGCUGGGAGAGCUACAUCAUCAUCUGGGCAGAGGACGGGGAGGAAACCAGUCCAGAAAAAGUGACACGGCACCAGGCAAAGACACCACGUCAUCCUCUGCAGACUCCAAUGUGAACUCUCUUGUGACACCUUUGAAAAGAAAGCGGGGCCGGCCCCCUAAGACUAACCUCAAGUUACCUGAGCAUGACACCACGGCGAGCCCUUCCCCACAGGCCACGUCGCCAAGCGAGGAAGGGAACGCCCCUCUCUCCCCAAAACGUAAGAGAGGUCGUCCCAGGAAAGACUCCACAACAAUGUCAGAAACAGUUGGUGAAGGACAGAACUCUAAAAAAGAGACCACCACUUCUGAUGUUUCUGGUUUAUUAAAAACUGAUGCUGACGCAGCGCUAACGGCGCCACCUCCCGUCAAGUCGGAGAUUCUCACAGCUGCUGCUGUCAGCGCAAAUCUGACAUCUCAGUCUACCUCAGCUGAGAAAACCGACACUAAGACUGAGGUUUCAGCCCCAGUUUCACCUCCUGCUCCAAAACCAGCUCCAGCCUCCACAGAAAAAACAACUCGAGUGUCCACACCAGUCUCCGCCCCAGUCCAAGCUCCACCUGCACCAGAGGUGACCUCCCCCCUCCCUACUGCUGCCUCCACAUCAGCCUCAACCCAAGUUACGGCUUCAGUUCCAAGCUCAGACACAACUUCAGUCCCCAGUUCUUCUCCCCUCACACUUCCCACGUCUGUCCCUGUCCCUGCUUCACCUUCUACCACAACUCCACCCGCCAUCUCCUCAUCUCUUCCAGAUGUAAAAGCAACACUUCAAGCUUCUAAUGCUCCUAAAGAUCCAAAACCUUCAGGUUCUACAACUUUGAAAACAACGGGACCAGACGCUGUCCAGAGCACCACAGUUUCCCCAGCAGCUGCUCCGACACUCCCAACAACGACGGUGGAAGCAGCUCCAGCAUCAGUCCCGGUCCCGACGACCACAGCAGCUACUGCAUUAGUAUCAAAAACAGCAAGUGUUGCACCAGCAGUCACCACUACAGUGAAACCAGUCACAACAACUAAAACAACUGCUGCAGAGGUCUUGCCCCAAGCUCCUGCUCGGCCGCCACCCACAACCAUCACUCCAACAUCUGUCCCAGCUUCAAGUUCCUCAGCUUCACCAAAACCGACCGCAACAUCGCCCCCUACUGCAGCAACGACUGUGACAACAACUGCAGCCAAAACAGUCCCAACGUGUCCAUCAAAACCAGGAUUAACUGUGACAUCACCUCCAGUAAAAACAACACAAACCAGUGCAUCCAUCCCAACAACCACUAUGACACCAACAACUCCAGUGAAAACUGUGCAAACAAGCUCAUUAAACACAACACAAUCCACUACUGCAGUUCCAACCACAUGCCCAGCGCAGCCUGGCAUCGCUUCUACAGCAACACCCGAUGCACCAGUCACCACGUCUUCAGCCAGUACAGCUCCAUCUUCUCCCGCCCGAACCAGUGUGACAACCACCAAAGUCCCAACCAAACCGGUGCAAGCUGCUACGCCGGCAAAUCUGACCGCAGAGGCCGUCCUGUCUCCAAUAUGUCCCCCUGCUCCUCGUCCAGACUGCGCUUCCUCUCCAACGUCCGCCAGCGUCGCCAAAACCUCAGAGGCAACGACGGUGGCAAUAUCUUCAUCACCUCCAACAGAAACACCUGCAGAAGAAGAAGCCUCCUCCAAAGAACCAGCUUCUGCUACAACUGCAGAAAAGACUGUAAAGAUCGAACCCACAAUUAAAUCCUCCCCAGAAAAGUCAGUUACAGUUGCUGAGACAAACACUGUCGCAGCAACCCAAGUCUCCACGACCUCAGCCGGUCCUGCUCCAGUCACCGCAACUAAAUCAGCUCCUUCUGUGUCCACCUGCCAAACGCCUGCAGCCCCUUCCCCCCAAAUACAAACCUCUGUAUCCGAGAGCGUCUCCACAGAGGUGUCCACACCGGCUCAGAGAGAGACCCCAGCCCAGAAACCCUCACCUGCUGCUUCUAGUGUUUCAUCUGAGAAACGAUCUGUAGAGUCCAAACAGAAAGAGUGUACAUCUAAAGGUGACUGUGAAAUGGAAGUAGGUUCUGAAGACGCUGAAGAGCAGGAGGACACAAAUCUGGAGAUCGAGUCUCAACCUAAAAGGAAGAAGGUGGAGAGUUCCCCUCAGACCAAAGAGUCAGAGAAGGAGGGAACAGGGGGAGAAGAGAAGAAUACAACAAAGUCUCAGAAAGAAGAACCGGUGGCAGAGGAAACUACUGACGAACACGAAACUCCCAAACAGAAAAGGCAACUCAGUCGCCAGAGUAGCCAGGAGUCCACACGCUCUUCUUCACCGUCAUCAGGGGGCUCGUCAUCAACCCUCACUCGUCACGCUCACCACAAGAGGACGUAUGAAAACAGACAUCCUGCCAAAAAGAGGCGAGUGGACGUCACCUCAGAAUCUGGCAACGAGGAGAAAAAAAAAAAGGACGUGAAAAAGAAAGAGGAAGGCGAUGAGCAGGAGCACGUCGCCUCCCGGAGGAGGCGCUCCAGGUCCUCCUCUUCCUCCUCGGACUCUGACAGCAAGAGCAGCAAGGAGCACCGGUUGACCCGCUCAGCCAAGCGCAGGCUACAAGAUCAGGAGAAGGAAAAGGGAAACAACCGGUCGGGAAAGAGACCCGCGCCCAGCUCUGAGAGAAACACAUCGAACAAUGCCAACACAUCCACCGGGGGAGAGUCGGGCAGUGACACGUCUUCUGUCAGGACCGGCAGGAAGUCUGCGGGAGCUCAGUCCUCACGAGACUGUAAAACAAACAGCACCCCCCCUCCUGAGCCCGAAGUCCUGGGGAAGAGAUGCUCGGCUCUGAACGCAGCAGCUAAGCUUCUAGCAAUGAAAGGCCGAGUGGACACCCCGGGCCACACCACUCGGAAAGACCCCUCAGCGAAGACCUCCGGGACGACUCCUGCCUCCUUGUCUGACAAGAACCAAAAGCCUAAAAACAAAAGUGUACCGGCUUCUCCGCAGAGUAACUCUGUCGCUGUCGCUAACAAUAGAAGCACCGGCAGCAAACACUCAACCCCCAAUCAGUCGAGCCGGCCUGCGUCUCGCUCCACCAGGCAGUGCCCCGGUUCUCUGGUUCCACCCCUGGACAUGGAGUACAAGAGGUCCAAGCCAGAGGAGAAGGAGCGGGCGAGUCGGAGGUCAUCGAGGGGAAAGGAAGGUGAGACUGAGGCCCAGUCUCUGUCCAGGGGCCACAGUGCCUGCAGCAGCAUGAGCAGCGACGGCGAGGGGGACGACGGCGGCAGCAGCAGAAGUCGCAGCAGCAGCAACAGCAGCCAACGCACCCACAGCAUCAGCUCUCAAAACACCGAGCGCAGAGACUCCCGUGGCGCCUCCUCCGGCAGCGAGCGCGAGAGGGGCCGUAGCUCGGAUCGGGCAAAGAGACGAGACAAGAAAGACAAGCGGGGCCAACAGAGGGAGGGUCGACCGGAAACCAGGAGGUCGCAGAGGCUCUCGCAGGAGGUGAACAGCAGCUCGGGGACGGAGGGGACGCCGGACAGGGUGCUGCGCAGCGUCGCAGCUCUGGCGGCGGUGCAGGCGCGGUCACCGGCCGCCAGCACCCGCUCCUCCGCUAGUCAACAGCGUCACAACAAGACAUGAUCGGAGUGCCAAAGGGAAGCAUGAGUGUUGUUGCAGAGCAAGAUGCGAGAGCAUGUCAUGACCUUCACGGUUCCUGCUUUUCUGCACUCGGGUGAACGACGGGGACGUAGAAGCCAGGGACCUACCUGCCUCCUGGGCCCUCUCCCUUCCCAAUUGGAGCUGGUCCCCUCACCAGCUCAGCUAUUGUCAGCUGGGGGAAGGCUCAGGGACCGAGAAUGAAAACGUGGCGCCGUCAUCGUGCGUCUGUAACUGGACAGUGAUGGUGGCGUGGAUGAACUCACCACUGGGACUUGAGGGGGACAAAGGUGCAGGAGGAAAUAAAAGGCAAGUUGUUAGUUCACAUUAUGUACUGUAAUCAUUAAAGACUGGAACGCUCAGAUCUUAUGUGUUGAGAUGGGAUAAUACAGCGCCCCCUGGCGGGCUUACAAAUGAACAGUCAUUUGUGUGACAUUAAAAACUUUGGAGUGACCAGUUGUAUUGUAAGUUGGAGGUUUUAGAAAGUUUGGUUUUGAACAUUUGGUCAGCUGUCCUGACUGUUUCUUUGUAGUCAGUCGAUAAGUUAAGCAUAUUUUAUUAUUUCUUCCAGGGUAUUAGGAAGAGAACAGAUCUGUCAAUGUGAUCUCUGCUGCCCUCUGCUGGAGCUUGUCUUUGCUUGGGCCCCUUUUCCAUGUCGACUUCUGUUCAGUGGAUUCCUUCUUUAAUCCAGCCUUGCAUUUCUCAUUUGCACAUCUGGCCCUGGGCUUUCGGGCACAUCGUGGUUUAGUCAUUGUUUUAUACAUCAACUCCAGUGACUCGAUUAGUUCCUCGGAUCUCGUGUUGUAUCACAAACCUUCGGAAAAUGUAUUAAUUGAAUUUGCAAAUUGUCUUUUAAAGACUUUACACCUCCAGACAAAUUCCAAAUCUUCCCAACGGUGUUUAUUGUCAUGUAUUUAUACUGAAAGGGCAAGAAAAUGAUGUAGAAAUUAAAGAGUGCCUCUUUGGCCAAAUGGGUUUGAACCUCCGAUUGCCUUGUGAAGCACCUGAAGCCGGGGGGGCGAGCUUCUUAUUAAAAAAACAAAAAAAAGACCACCCCUGCAAAACGUGAAGAAAAGCCCCCUGUGCAUCAGUGCUACCAAAUUAACGUUUUACUUUUCACCUGAACUUUUCUGUCAUGUUACUUCAUUGCUCUUCGUUCAUGUAAAAAAAAAAAACUACUUGGACAAAAUAUGUGAAUAAAAUGACUGGUACAGUUCCAGAUUACUGUAAA